UUUUAAGUGAAUCAUAAUUAAUAAAAAUAAUGGCUAAGUCGUCUGAAAAACAAAUCAUCCUCAACAAUCUAACAAAAUUGGUUGAACAUGCUCUGGAUAACAACAUAACAAAAGAGAAGAUUGCUCUUCUUGCUCAACAAGUCCAUGAAGAAUUCAAAAAGAAAAAUCAGAGAAGUUUCCUGCAGAAGAACAAAUGCCUCACUUUGCUCAUUGCUCUUGUUGGCAUAUGUGUGACUUGGGACUUUGCUAACAAACUGUUAUUUCUAUCUAUUCGAUUUGGAUUGCUAAAGCUUCUGAAUUUUUAUGAUUGGACCCUAUUUUAUAACCAAAGUUGUAUUUUGGAGAAUCCUUUUUAUAUAAAUCCAAAUGAUGACAACAGUACCUGCAAUGGCUGUGCACAUUUAAAGAGCAUAUUAAGCGCUGAGAAUGUCUCAGCUAGAGACAUAUUGAAGAGCCACAUCCAAAAGAGCAUACCAAUCAUUGUUAAGGAUGCUGUCCAUGAUGAUUGGUCGGCAAAAAAAUUUAACAUGUCUUUUUUGUUUGAAAUAUUUGAAGAACGUGAAAUGAAAUCAUCUGAACCUUGUUACAUGCAUACAAACAAAGUAGAGAGCACUGAAAAACUGGUUACCAUUAGUGAUCUGGUUUCACUGCUGUCACAAUCAGCAGAACAUAGUGAGGAUAGCUGGUAUGCCUUCUGGGAAAACUGUAACAAAAAUGUUGUGAGAAGUUUACGAAAGUACUACAAAAGGCCAUACUUUGUUCACCAAUCUGUUGAAAUAGCUUUUGUUAAUUGGAUUAUGGUGUCACAUAACUAUGAAGCAGAUCAUUACAUCAAAACUGACAUAGGAACGACAGUGACAUGGUAUGUUCAGCUGAAGGGUACCAGUGAAAUUGUUCUCCAACCUUCUCGCUGCAACCAGACUUGUAAUGAUCUUCACGCCCUUCUUCACGAGGGUGAGACAGUUCUGUGGAUGCAGCCUGACUGGUACUUGGCAUACCGACCAUUAGGAGCCUUAAAUGAUAAUAUAUCCAUGAUGUUUGGAGGGUUCGUUGAGUGAAAUCAAGUUUUCUUAAUUUAUUACGAGCUUCAUUACAAUUCUGUGCAACGAUUCAUUAAUUUAUGAUUUACAUACACAAAUAAAACUUGAAAUUUGUCACUUACACGUGGGCGUGUGCGUUUGUAUUAUUUAAAACAUUUUUACUUUCACUUUUUAGCAAAUCUAUGAUGAACUAUUUAGAAAGAUAGUUUUUAAUGGUGUCAUGACAUGUGUAACGAUGUUUUGAGAGGUAAACUAGUGAAUUGUUUUUGUUGAAAAAACAAUACAAUGCAAACAAUACAUGAAACAUUUUUAAAUUCAUUUUUCUAUUGUUACUAAUCGUGAAAUGAAACGAAGAAUACUUUGGGACCAUCUGACAGUUUUUUUUUAUUUACCACCACCUUACGUAGCGUCAUCUCUAAUUCUACAUUCACUAUGAAAAAUUCAAACUGGGAAUAUUUUUAAUAGAAUUUAUUAAGAAACUUUUUAUAAACUUUUACAACAUAUUAA